AAUGAAAAGUGACGUGUCCUUUGCGUGCACUCUAAACGAUUGUGACCAGAGAGAUCUUGUUCUGGUGUUUGUACAGUGUGCUGUGUUGUUAAGAUUCUGUGUCGAGUGUGUGUAGUUAGUGGUACAAUGUUUCAAUGGUUCUUUUCUUAUUUCAAUUACCCAACGGAGAGCGAGGAAGAAAAACAAAAAGAGCGCCAUGAGGCGAAGGCUCUGAGAAGAUCCGAACGGUUAGAGAGAAAGUCUGGACGCCUGCUGUUGAAAGCCGCCAAAAUGGAGUUCAAGUGUCAGUACAAAGCAUCACGCUGCAACACGAGAAAACAGAAGAAAUGGGAAAGGCGUGCCGAAAGGUGCGCCCAGAAAGCUUCUCAGUUGGGUGCCAGACGAGGAUCCUUUAAGGUGGCGGACGCCCCAAAAGUGACCGCCAUAGAAGAACCCAUUGGCUGGCUGUACAAAGACGAGGAAAACAAUAUGACCAUCCUGCCUCCCUCUUACGAGGAAGUGGUCCAGCAGCCACCCAGAUAUGAGGAGCUAGCAAAGCCGCCACCCUUGUAUCCUGUACUGAUGUAGACUUCCAGAGUGCAUCAAAUCAGAUUGUACAAAAAAGGGAAACUAUUUUAUUUAAUCUUUAUUUAAAUGUUUUUAAAAUUAAAAUUAAAAACUCUUUUUUUGUUAACUAAAUACUAAAUUGAACUUAAUUAUGAAGAACAUUUCAAACUUUCAUAAUAUCAAGUCCAAACAUUUAUGUAAUGUCUAUUGAUUUCUAAACACUUUAAGAAAUAUAAGAACUUUAUUAAUUAUUUUGGUUUGCUUUUAUUUGUAAGUUGAAAAAUGAAAGUUGAAUAAAGUUUCAUAAUUAUAAAAGGAAA